AGUAUUUUGUUUUUUUUUUCUUUCUAAAAUUAUAAUUGAUUAUUCUGUUCUGCAGCUGCAUUCAGAAAAUCAUCCGAUUUCUCUGGUAGAUUCCCAGUGGGUACAUUGCAGAACUCGGUAAAGUCAAAACCCAAAAUUUCCCUCAAUUUUUCAUAAUACACUGCCGAUCCAUAUCAACCUCUCCUGGUAUUCUACAGGUCUGAUGAUGGCUGACUUACUGGGUUAUCUGCGCAACUGCUUACAGACACGAAAACUUGCAGUUUUGGCAAUUUUAGUUUCAGGAGGAAUUGUGUUGCAAAUCUUGGCAUGUGCUCUGUACAAUAAUUGGUGGCCAAUGCUGUCUGUAAUAAUUUAUGUCCUCCUUCCAAUGCCUUUGAUGUUUCUUGCUGGCUCCGACGGUUAUUCUCUUUUAUCUGAAUCUGACAACGGUUGGGUGACUGCGACAAAGUUCUUGACCGGAGCUUCUGCAAUUGGAAGCAUUGCUGUACCAGCUAUCCUAAAGCAUGCUGGAGUUAUUGGUUGGGGUGCAUUGGUGAUGGAACUUUCAUCGUAUUUCAUAUUUUUACUAGCCAUUCUGGUUUAUAUUCGAAUGAAUGAUGAUGGUGAUGAUUACAAUUUCUUCUGAAAGAUGACAAGUUCAGUUCCCAUCAGCAAUCAUGUGGAGCACAGUCAAAAUUCAUUCAAAGGAAGCUAUCCUUUCCUGUUUUGGUAAGCUUCAUUCCUCGUUUGUUCUUGUAUAGUUCUUGGAUCAUAUAAUGAGUGUCAUUAUCGUCUUCGAACAUUUGUUACACAUAAGAAAAACAAUCCUCUUUAUGAUAGAGUGAUCAUCAUAUGCUUGUUGUCUUAAGAAAACCUAGUUGUAGAUCCCAGAAUUUUCUUAAUUU